AGCUGCUGUUAUGGCCACUCAGGUGCUAGGUCAGACUGGAGGCAACGGGCUUUUCACUGGGAAUGCCAACAUCGUCAUGGCAUUGCCUAACGACAUGUACGACUUACAUGACCUCUCCAAAGCUGAGCUGGCAGCACCUCAGCUGAUUAUGUUGGCCAACGUGGCCUUGACUGGGGAAGUGAAUGGCGGUUGCUGUGACUACAUGGUUGGAGAAGAAAGACAAAUGGCAGAGUUGACCACGGUGGGAGACAACAACUUCUCAGACAGUGAUGGGGAGGGUCUCGAAGGGGCUCCUGGAAUAGAAAGUGAGUCAAAUAGACCUGAAAACAUGGAAUUGGGGUCUUUGGAAAUCAUUGUUGUUGACCCUCAAACUGUGUAUGAAUCAUCUGUUCCAGAGACUUUUAGUUCGGAAAAAGAUCCUCCCUCAGAGACCCCCUAUCAGCCAGAGACCCCUGAGGACAAAUGCAAGAGCUUGAAGAGCAAGCCUUUCCGCUGCAAACCUUGUCAGUAUGAAGCCGAGUCAGAAGAAGAAUUUGUACAUCACAUCAGAGUCCACAGCGCCAAUAAAUUUUUUGCAGAGGAAAAUGCAGAGAAACAAGCACAGCAAGCGCAGACUAAGGAGUCGGAGCCUUCUGUUGCCGAAGAAGCCGAUUUUUCCAAGGGGCCUAUCCGUUGUGACCGGUGCGGCUACAACACCAACCGAUACGAUCACUACUUAGCUCACUUGAAGCACCACAACAAAGCUGGAGAGAAUGAGCGGGUCUACAAGUGCAUGCUGUGCACCUAUACCACCGUGAGCGAGUAUCACUGGAAGAAACACUUGCGAAAUCAUUUUCCUAAGAAAGUGUAUACCUGCUCGCAGUGUUCCUACUUUUCAGACAGGAAAAAUAAUUACAUUCAACAUAUUCGAACACAUACUGGUGAACGCCCAUAUCAGUGUGCUAUGUGUCCCUAUUCCAGCUCGCAGAAGACACAUUUAACUAGACAUAUGCGUACUCAUUCAGGAGAGAAACCAUUUAAGUGUGAUCAGUGCAGUUAUGUGGCCUCUAAUCAGCAUGAAGUCACCCGCCAUGCCAGGCAGGUUCACAAUGGGCCAAAGCCACUGACCUGCCCUCACUGUGACUACAAAACGGCCGACCGGAGUAACUUCAAAAAGCACGUAGAACUCCAUGUGAACCCGCGGCAGUUCCUUUGCCCCGUUUGUGAUUAUGCUGCUUCCAAGAAGUGUAACCUGCAGUAUCAUAUCAAGUCCAGGCAUUCCGACUGUUGUGAUAUUGCAAUGGAUGUUUCCAAAGUGAAACUCAAAAAAUCCAAAAAGAGUGAGGCAGAGAAUUGUGCUUCUGAUAGUGUGGCCGCUGAAAAAACUGAAAAAGAGCCAACAAAAACAAAGGGAGAGGCAGCAGAAAAGAUGAGUGAAAAGAGUGUAAAAGUUGAGAAAAAAGAAAAAGAAAAUGCCUCAAAAGAGAAAAAGCCAGGCGCCUUAGGCCAAGUGACCACCCGAAAUCGAAAGUUGGCAACAGAGUCAAAGGAGGUAGAUGUCAAAGCUGGGAAAGGUUCAGAAAAACCGUGUAAAAACAAGAAAAUGAAAAGGAAGGUGGAAAGUGAAGCAGCUCCUUUAAGUGAUAAUCCAGUGAAUGAUACAGAACCUGUGGCAAAAAAGAAGAAGAAAGUAGAGGGCAAAUCUAGAAAGAGCCAGGAAGCUGGCAAAGACGAAGUCCGCGCCGAAGAGCAUAAGAGACAGAAAGCUUGCCUAAAGAAAAACAAAAAGAAGAAAGCUUUGAAAGGUAAACACGGUAAAAAACCUGGCAAGUCCGUGCAGGCAAAGCCGAUUCCGCUUGAGCUGGCCCCUGAAAAAUCUCCUCCUCCCCCUCCUCUUCCUUUCCCUCCAGAGGAUCCAAGGGAGAAGUCUGACAGCCCUGGGGAAGAGCCCCAAAAAGAGGAGGUCCUGGUGAAAGAUGCCUUAGCGCCCGUUAAGAACCCGAUAACCGACGAAGGCCAGGGCUCUCAGGAGCACCUGGCAGCGCUUGAGCCCGCAGCAGCGCCCAUCCCUGCCAUCGCAGCACCUGCUGAAAGUGUGGCAAGUGCAGAAAGGAAAGACCAAGAAAUGCUCCCGGAACAGCGGGAAGAAGACAAAGAAACUGCUCUUGAGAGAGCGCCAGAUGAAGUCCCAAGGAGGGGUUCAUGUGGUUGUAGUCCAUCAUCUUGGGAGCCAGGGGACAGUCUUCCUGAGAAAGAGCAUCAGACUGACACCGUGUGUGAAAUGGAAACUGAACCGAGUCCAAGCCCAGUACAGCAUCUGGCUGAUAAAGACUUGACAGCUGAAGAGCCGCCUUCGCUGCCAGAACCGCCCCUGCCAGAACCCCCACUGCUGGCAGAGCCCGCGCCGCCCGCUCCUCCAGCAGCAGCAGAGCGGGCCGAGCCGGCCUCCCAGCCCGGGCCGGUGCCGGUGCCCUCCUCAGUGCCCGCUGCCGCCAGCGAGUCUCAGGAAAUCGAUGAAGAUGAGGGCAUCCACAGUCAUGAUGGCAGUGACCUGAGUGACAACAUGUCUGAGGGCAGUGAUGACUCUGGGUUGAAUGGUGCUCGAUCCGUGCAGGAAGAAACCAGUAGGAAAGCUUCCCAGGAGGAAGUCUCCACAGCAGUUGAAGCAGCCAACUUUGUCUGCAUUUUCUGUGAUAGGUCUUUUAGAAAGGAAGGAGAAUAUAGCAAACACCUUAAUCGACAUUUAGUCAAUGUCUACUACCUUGAGGAAGCAACUAAGGAGUUAGAAUGACUCAGCUCCCUCUGAGCAAGCCUACAAUUCUUGUAUGAAAGAUCUCUGAUGUUUGAUGAAUAAUUCUUGUAGUAGACAGUUCCUUUUUAAUUUUCGAGUAGUGUCUGAUGAUUUAAGGUAGAUACUUUUUCCUCACCACCCUUGUACAAUAGUUUGUUAAUCUCUU